GUGGCCAAUGGGCGGGCGGGUGUGGGUGCUGGGGCCAAUGGCGGCUGGGGCGGUGCGGGCCCUUCGCGGAUAGAGCUUCUGCUGCGGUGGGGUCGAGUGCUGGCCGAGCUAGCGAGCGAAGGGAGCCGGCCCGAGCUAAGGAGCCAGAGGCGGCUGGCCCAGCCACCCCGCGAAGGACUGACGGAGCUGACGCGCCGGGCGGCGGCCAUCAGGUUUGGUACUGAGCCAUUUGGAAUCAUGGGGUCCGAGAAUCCAAGUCCACAGAACCCUAGCUGCAAGAUCAUGACCUUCCGCCCUACAAUUGAGGAGUUUCAGGACUUUGGAAAAUACGUGGCCUACAUUGAAUCCCAGGGAGCUCACCGAGCAGGACUGGCUAAGGUGAUCCCACCGAAGGAGUGGAAACCUAGGAAAACUUAUGAUGACAUUGAUGACAUGGUGAUUCCAGCUCCCAUUCAGCAGGUGGUGACAGGACAAUCGGGUUUAUUUACCCAGUAUAACAUACAGAAGAAACCCAUGACAGUGGGAGAUUAUCGGCGCUUGGCCAACAGUGAAAAGUAUUGUACUCCUCGACACCAAGACUUUGAAGAUCUGGAGCGUAAAUACUGGAAGAACCUGACUUUUGUAUCACCGAUUUAUGGAGCUGAUAUUAGUGGUUCUUUAUAUGACGCAGAUGUAGAGGAGUGGAAUAUUGGGAAUUUGAACACCCUUUUGGACAUGGUGGAACAUGAAUGUGGGAUAAUCAUAGAAGGUGUGAACACUCCCUAUCUGUACUUUGGCAUGUGGAAAACCACCUUUGCUUGGCACACAGAAGACAUGGAUCUCUACAGUAUCAAUUACCUGCACUUCGGGGAGCCCAAAUCUUGGUAUGCUAUACCUCCAGAACAUGGCAAACGUCUGGAACGCCUGGCAAAAGGGUUUUUCCCUGGCAGUUCCCAAGGAUGUGAUGCCUUUCUCCGUCACAAGAUGACUCUCAUCUCUCCCUCCAUCUUGAAGAAAUACAGCAUCCCUUUUGAUCGGAUCACUCAGGAGGCUGGCGAGUUUAUGAUUACCUUUCCCUAUGGAUACCACGCAGGAUUCAAUCAUGGCUUCAACUGUGCUGAGUCUACCAAUUUUGCCACACUGCGGUGGAUCGAUUAUGGCAAGAUGGCUACUCAGUGCACCUGCCGAAAGGACAUGGUGAAAAUUUCAAUGGAUGUUUUUGUGAGAGUGCUGCAGCCCGAGCGCUAUGAACUGUGGAAACAAGGAAAAGAUAUUACUGCUUUGGACCACAUGAAACCCACUGCACUAACUAGCCCCGAACUGAUGGCUUGGAAUGAGACCAAGGCCGUGCUGAAAGCUAAGCUCCUUCGGAGACAAAUUAGUCUGAAGGAAAACAGACACUGGAAAAAGACUGAGGAGGAGAGAAAACCAAAUAUAGAAAGGAAGAGAGAGCAGAACAGAAAGCCUGGCCUAUCGUCCCACAGAAAAAGAAGCCAGCCUAGACGGCAUAAGACAGAAGACCAGAAGUCUUUGGGAGAGGUUAUGGCUGCAGAAACCCUUUUGGAGGAGGGCAAAGUGAAAGAAGAACCCAAACAUGGCCCUGACCUAGAGGAAGAAGAGCAGCAGAAAGCCCCUGAAGGUGGUGAAGGGGAUGGUAAGAGCAAGAUUCGUGCCCCCAAGGCCAAAAGUGAUAAGAAGAAGAAACACCACCACCACCACCACCACCACCACCAUCACCAUCCACCUCAGCCGCCUGAGUUGUUGUCACCUCCACCACAGCUCUGCACAGAUGAAGAGGUCCCCCCCCCACCGCCUCCUGUAUUGGAACCCCCUAUAUUAGCACCUGUAACUACUGCCGCAGAAGAGAGCUUUCCCUUAGCUGCCCCUCUCAACAUUGUCCACCCCUCUGAGGUGCCCAGUGAAGAGGAUGACUUCAAGCCUCGACCUAUCAUUCCCAUGCUUUAUGUGGUUCCACGGACCAAUAAGGUGGCAUUUGACAAAGAACGAGUAUCUUGCCAGCAGACACUUGAGCACUUUGCUCAGAAGGGCCAGAUUUGGAGAGAGCAGACUGUCCCCAUGGAGCUAACAGUGAAGGAAGAAGAAAGGGGAGAAGCUGAGCAGGUGGAGAGCAGUCCCAAAGCCAGUGAGGUUCAGGCUCCAUCUACCUUUUCCAAACUGAAAAUGGAGAUCAAGAAGAGCCGGCGUCAUCCUCUGGGCAAACCACCAACUCGAUCCCCAUUGUCCGUCGUCAAACAAGAAGGCUCAAGUGAUGAGGAAGCGUUUCCCUUCUCUGGAGAAGAGGAUGUGAGUGACCCUGAGGCCUUGAAGUCUUUACUUUCCCUCCAGUGGAAGAAUAAAGUGCAUAACUUCCAGGCAGAGAAGAAGUUCAAUGCGGCUGCAGCCCUGGUAGAGCCAUAUUGUGCUGUCUGUACUCUCUUCUACCCAUAUAACCAGUCCUUACAGACAGAUAAAGAGACUUCCCAGGCCUCUCUUGGGGAGACCUCCUCCCUACUUCAGCUUUCCAAGUGUGGACAGAAGACCAAGCCCUUGAUCCCAGAAAUGUGUUUUACUUCAAGCGGUGAGAAUACUGAGCCUCUCCCUGCAAAUUCUUAUAUUGGUGAUGAUGGAACCAGCCUCCUUAUUGCCUGCGCCAAAUGCUACUUGCAAGUUCAUGCCAGUUGCUACGGAAUCCGUCCUGAUCUGGUAAAUGAAGGUUGGACCUGUUCCCGGUGCACAGCCAAUGCCUGGACAGCGGAAUGUUGUUUGUGUAACCUCAGGGGAGGAGCUCUUCAGAUGACAACCGAUAAAAGGUGGAUCCACGUGAUCUGUGCUAUUGCUGUUCCAGAAGUACGAUUUCUUAACGUAAUAGAACGUCACCCUGUGGAUAUCAGUGCAAUCCCAGAGCAACGGUGGAAAUUGAAAUGUGUUUACUGUCGAAAGCGAAUGAAGAAGAUAUCUGGAGCUUGUAUCCAGUGUUCCUACGAACAUUGCUCUACUUCUUUUCAUGUGACCUGUGCCCAUGCAGCUGGGGUCCUAAUGGAACCUGAUGAUUGGCCCUAUGUUGUGUCUAUCACUUGCUUUAAGCAUAAAACAGGCAGCCAAGGUGUCCAGUUUCUAAGGGAGGUGUCAUUGGGCCAGACAGUUAUCACAAAGAACCGCAAUGGCCUCUAUUAUCGGUGCAAAGUAAUUGGCACAACCACACAGACAUUCUAUGAAGUGAACUUUGAUGAUGGUUCCUACAGCGACAACUUGUACCCAGAGAGCAUUAUUAGCAGAGAUUGUAUCCAGCUGGGACCCCCUCCUGAAGGGGAGUUUGUUCAGCUCCGGUGGACUGAUGGAAAUAUCUAUAAAGCCAAGUUCAUUUCAGCUGUGAUCAGCCACAUUUAUCAGGUGGAGUUUGAGGACGGUUCCCAGCUGAUGGUGAAGCGUGGUGACAUUUACACCCUUGAGGAGGAGCUCCCCAAGAGAGUCAAAUCUAGACUGUCGGUCAGCACUGCUGCUCCCCAAGAGAAAGGAUCCUCAGGAGAGGAAGCGAAGGCAGCCAAGCGCCCAAGGGUGGGCAGUGCCCGAACUUCUGAGGACUAUGGACAGAAUCCUGAUUACCUGGCUUUCAUGGAGAGCCUCCUGCAGUCACAAUACCAGCCUGGAGCCCAGAGCCACAUGUUUUAGUACAAACACAAUUUUAGAACCAACAUCUCGUGACCUCCCCCACCCCCACUUCUCCCUGACCCCCUUCUACCCCCCCAGCAAAGCACCCAGGCAACUGUGGAACAAGUGGACAGCCCCCCUCCCCCUUCCCCUCCCCCCCUCCACCUGCAAUAACUUGCUGUGAAUUCCUUUCAUCUACAUUUAAUUUUGACCAUCUGAGAGACUUGUCUGGCCACAGGCUACCUCGACUCUGCUGAACACACUGCUGACGGUAAUAGGAAAAGGAAGCAAUGGUAACCUCUCAGAUUGCGUGUCACCUGGAUGCUUUAGAAGAGCUCGUACUCCCGGAGCGCAUGGAUGCCUGGCUCUUGUCUUAGGCUAGGAAGGGUUAAACGUUACGUCACAAAAGCAAAAACUACUCCGAUUUUUAAACCAUGUAAAAGCUCUCAUCUUGAAAAGGUGCUAUUUCACUGACUACUGAAGCAGCCUUUGGAAUUGUGAUUUCUGUAUAUAAAUCACCUUUGUGAAGUUCUUUCUAUAAAUACUUAUUGUUUAAAAAAAAUAUAAGAAAAAAAAGGAAAAAGAAGGAAAGAAAAAAAAAUCCCCAAACUGGUUUUCUAGAUUUGUGGCUUUAAAAAAAAAAAAGUUCUUUUCCCCACAAACUGAAAUGGGAUUUGAGUAACACUGAAUACGAGGGAGAGAAAAACAUCUCAUUCAUUUUCUUUUGUUGUUGUUUUUAAAUAUUAUUUGUAUAUUGAAUGGGCAGGGAAUGUGUUUUAGCUGGAGUGUUUUGGAAGUUGAGAAUGUUUGUGUUAUGAGCAGCCCAUUUGUGUGUUUCUUUUCUUGCUCCCUCUCCCAGUGGCCAUGCAGAGACUUGUCAGUCAUUCAGGUGGGGCUACAGACAGGGUUGGGGUGUGCACUGGGGGAGAAAGGGAGGCCCUGCUAUGCUACCUUUGCCCUGCUCUUCUCUGUAGUCCCCUGGAAAGGUCACGAGGCCUCCUCCCCAUGGCUCCAGGCCCUGCAAAGGCUUCUUAGAAGAGUAAGGUUGAGGGUUCUGCUCGGUCACAGAUCCUGGGUGCACCCGUGGCAGAUGGGAUGCGUGGCCAGCACCUCUGUGCAUGCCUGGCAAAAUAAAUACUUUCUCUUCUGGUUUGCUUGAUCUUUUGCUUCUUACUAUUGUGAGAAUCAUUCCAUAACUGAAGUCUCAGAGGUAUAUCUGUGUGUUUGAUUAAAGAAGAAAUUCUCCCAACCCCUUUGUGGCUGCGACCAACUUUGUUUAAGCUGAAGAGAGAACCCUUUAGGUCGCCCCUGUGAUGUACACUGGAGGCAGGCCUUGAUUUUUUCGGUGUGCGUGGCCAAGGUGUUUUUGGUUGUCUCCGUUCAUGAAUAACUCUUAGCGGAAGCCAGUUUUGGGGGGGGUUCGUUUCAAACCAUGAAAGCUGUCUCCCACCAUCCCCCACAGCUGAGCCAGGUGGUCGCAAGCUAAGAAGCAAUCUGACACUGGGAAGGAGAGACAGGGAAAGAGACUACGAACUUGGGAAGAGAUCAGGCUUCUUCGGAGCAGGGUCUGGGUCAGGAUGCUGUGACGGUGCUUUCAGGCUUCCUGGGGACUCCUGGAGCAAGUUUCUCCUGGAGGGAUUAACCGUAUGUUUACACUGACUCCUGGUAGGCCUCUUCAGAAAAGCCAGCAUUGUAGAUGAGACCCAAGCAGAUGCUGUUUUCCUCUGAAGGGAGUGGCUGGAAUUACGCCCUUCUGUUGUUGCUGCCUCGUUAACUGGAGACCCUUGGUGUUCCUCUGUGUAGAAAGGUGCUCGCUUGCUAUUUGAGGCCAUUGCACGAUGACGUUCCUCCCGGUGUUUUGUUGGGGGGGAGGGGGGAGGGGGCUAAGCAGUUGGUUUCAACUUCAGGUGAAACCACAUCUUUUUUAAAUUUUAGAUUGAAUUGAAGAGAGAAAAUGUACUUCCUAUGUCAUUUUGGAGAACGAAGAAGCAGAGCUGAGGCCAAGCCUCAUUUUAGCUGGCUGUGCAUUGAUCUGAGUGGUUUCCUGCCAUUCACAAGAAAAUGAUUUAAAGAAUAAUCUGCAUGUAUUUUUUAAAGAUGUUUUAACAGUUGAGAGGCCAGAGAGAAUAUUAUUUAAAACAAAAAAGUGAGAGAGUGUUGACAUCAGAGAAGUCUUGCUGGGGAGGAGGGGUGGGCAGUGGGGACUUGGAGUUGUGGGGAUCUCCUUCCUGUAGCAGUCCUGGCUGAAACAGUACCUUUCCUAGAUUCCUUUAGAGUCCCCUUUUUAAAAGACUAUUUAUGUUGUCAGAAUGAGCAGCUACAUAUUCUCCAGGGCCCAUAUUCAAGGAGUACUUGUUUGAAAUGAUACCCUGGACCCUUAGAAAAUUUUUGUUGUUUGUUGUUGGACUGACCCCUGGAUGAGACUGCCCUUCCACAUGUGAGCACACGAUCACACACACACACACACACACACACACACACACACACACAUGCCUUCCAAGUUUGGGCUUCUGGGGAUAAUUUGUGCUAACCUAUAUAUAGUGGCCACAAUGCCAGGGGAAAUGCACAUUUUUUUUUCCAACAAAAUAUAUUUGUAAGUAUCUUACAUGCUACAGAAUUCCAGGCUGCUUGUUAUUUUGAAAUGUCUUCAUUUCUGAGACGUGCCUUUGGUGUUUUAGGUGGCAAGAGGGCUGAUAAUCUAGUUCCUCUUUAAUGGUGGUGUGCUUUAUGGUUCUCUGAAGGAGACAGACAAUUUGGCAAAGAGCAUAAGGCCCAUCCAACUGAGUGUGCACAGCAUGGACAUAGAGGAAAUGCGUCUGGAGAUGAAAAGACUGACACAGUAUUUAAAGGCCUGUAGUGAUGAUUUCCAAGAGAAACAGCUUAUGACCGUAGGAUCAGACCCUGGAAGGGGCCUUAGAAAUAUUCUAGGCCAACUGGCUCAUUAGUCUUAAGGCCCGGAUAGGUUCGGUGACUCAUUCAGUGGGGCAGGUAGUAAGUAGCAAAGCCAGCAAUGCAGCCAAGAUCUUCAUCCACACACGGCUUCCUCCCUCUGUCAGCAGGCUUCUGGCAUCAUAUGCGUAGAGCUCAGACCAGGCCGAGCCCUUCACCCUAUAGAUGGGGGGCUCGGGGCACGGGUCUGGAGCUCAGAGAGAUGACUUGUUUUGCCUAUGGUCAGGUAGGCCCUGGAGAGCAGAACUGGUAUUUAUGCUCCUGUCCAAGAGUUUGAGGAGAACACAGCCAGAACAGGACCGUCUCGCUUGUGCUGUUGCUUACUCUUCCCUCUCAUCCGUGCUCAGUCUGAACUGGCCUGCUGGCUCUCCCCUGAGCUAAGCAGAAUGAGGCAUUCCAUCUCCCAUCUUGGUGCCUUUGCCGGGUUGUCCCCCACACCUGGAAUGCACACCCUCCUGCCCCCGAGCUCUUGAAAGGCUCAGCUCAGGUGCCGCCUCCUCUGGCAAGUCCUUCCCGAUCCCCCAGGCGUCAGUUCCCUCUGCCUCCAGAAAUUACUUUGUAUUUCCUUCUCCUGUACACGUUGUAUCUCCCCAAUAGAAUGUAAGCUCCUUGAGGGCAGGGACUGUUUGGUUUUUGUCUUUGUAUCUGCAGUGCCCGGCCCAGUGCCCGGCACAUCCUCGGCACUUAAUAAAAGUUGUUGAAUUGUUGAAUCCCUCACACUUAGGGAGUAAGGGUGA